AUGCACCUCCGCUGGCGCGAGGUCCGGCCGGUCGGCGUCGGGCUUGUCAAUCUCGGCAAUACCUGCUUUAUGAACGCCAUCCUGCAGGCGAUCGGCUACACCCCGGCCCUUUCGCAGUUCUUUUCCGAGCGGUUUAGCGCUCCGAAUACCUCGCUGAACGCGCCUUUCGACUUUGCCUACGCGCUCGGGGAGACGAUUCAGAAAAUGACGCGCUCGACGGGAUUUCAUAGCGGCCAUUCCCCGAUUUCUCUGAAGGGGGGUUCGGGGAAAUCGGCCUACCGUCCAGGGGUGAUCGCGUCUCGACUGCCAUCCUUGUCCAAGCGAUUUAGCAUCGGCACCCAAAGCGAUGCGUCGGAAUUUAUUAUUCAGCUCUUUUCCGCCUGCGAAAAGGCGAUUUUGUUUCGUUUGGUGGGCUCAAGGAAAGUCGAACCGCGCGUCGCCUUUACCGCGGCGUUAUUUCGAAUCUGCGGGGGCUAUCUCCGCUCGCAAGUUGCCUGGAGCGCGCAGGACGAGUUUCAGCAGCUCCAACGCGAGGGCAAACAUCAGGAGGCGACGGAUUUAAAGCUCUCCCUUCAACAAAAAAGGUCCAGCGAACGGAGUGGCAUUGGAGGGCAUAACACCCAUGGCCCCUCGCGUACGGAGCAGCUGGUUUCGAAUACCUACGAUCCGAUGACUGUAUUGCAUAUUGAGCUCGUGGGGCAAACCUUAGAGCAUUCCUUAGCCGCCUUUUGCGAACCGGAAAAGCUAUAUGGGCGCUGUUAUUCCACCCCGCGCGAGGUCAACGUCAACGCGACAAAGCAAAUGACCAUCCACAUACCGCCGAACGUCCUGAUGAUUCACCUCAAGCGCUUUCAGAACACCGACCGGAAGGUCUGUCGGCAUCUUCACUAUCCCUUAGAGCUGGACCUCUCACCCUUUAUCACGGAGUCGGUGGAGCGGCGGCAAAAUGCGUCUGCUCAUAUCAAUAAAAAAGAGGAAAAUAGCGCCCGCGCGAAAUCACGUUAUGAGCUUAAUGCCAUUUGCAUUCACGAAGGGGGGUCCAUUAACCACGGGCAUUACUACUCGGUCGUGCGCGCGCCCAAUGGGAUGUGGUAUAUUUGCGAUGAUUCCAGAGUUUACCCUGUUAGUGUGGAAAAGGCGUUAAAUCAACAGGCAUAUAUGCUUUUUUACUCCCGCAUUCCACAUGAAAAAGAGAACACCACCAAACGUCUUGAAAAUGAUGAAAAGCAAACUUCCGAGACACUUUCAUUAGGGAGUGGUUUGGAGAUGCACCAUUUGAAUGUUAUAAAGAGUGAGUCUUUCGGAGAGGAACUUAGCGAGGGAGAGGCAAUCGCUCGUCUUCGUGAGCGGCGGCAGAAGGAGGCGUGUGCGGCCAUCGAAAAUAAUCAAACUAAUAAGGAUCAUGCAAAAAUAUCUAAAGUUUCCUUACCCCACCCUUCUUUUUCAUCGGAUGAAAAGACGAACCGGCACAAAACGAAUGAGAAACCUUAUACAUGGACGACAGCAAGCGCGAUGCGGGAGCCCUCUGACGAUUCUGAUAAUGACGAAUCCAACGAAGUUAAUUAUAAUUUGAUGCAUAAACAUAUAUCAAACAAAGGUGAGAAGGAUCCCCUUUUAACAUUAUCUCAUUUUCAAAAUAAUAAUUCCUUAUGGAAGGAAGAUCAUACAGAAAUGGGGAAAAUUCCUCAUCAACCAUUGCCGCUUUCCCUCUCUAAUGCCCUUCGCCCUCCGCCUUCAUUGAGUAACGCCUCAUCAUUAUCCACCACUACCACCAUCAAUACAAAAAAUACAAAUAAAAAAAUACAUCCAAACGAUCCUAUUCGCUCGCGGAAGGUGCAUUCCUCUUUGACAGAUUCAGAUAAGAAGUCAACUAAUAUUUAUAAUGGGAAUACAACUAGUAUUGUUAACACUAAUUUAAAGCAACCCUCCUCGGCUAUUGCGCAUACCGGUAUUCAUGCAGUUGCCAAACUGCAUGAUUAUAUCGCACAAACAACACCAUCGACGAUUCAACGAUCCGCGGAUGCCCCUAAAUUUCAACAAAGAGUGCGAGAUCCGAUGUGGGAAAUGGAGAUGGAUCGCGGCCGUGUGAAGAAGGUGCGUUCAAAAAAUUCAGGAAAUGAAUUUUCUCAAGUGAAUCCAGAUAAUAUUAAGAAGACAAAUCCAUUCCAAGACGUCGCGUCGAGCCGUUUGGGUAGGCAAGGAAAUAAACUCCCUUGA